UAUCUAACCAACCUGCAGUCUGUCUGAUUUCAGAGCUGCCUCCUUUAGAGCAAGAUGAUCCUGCUGCUGGUUCUGCUUUGCUCCAUCUGGGGAGAACCUGCUCUGGCUCUGGAGGAGAACAAAGCUUUCAGUUUAGGAGGAGACCUCCAGCAGCUCUCAGUGAGCCACGACUCUGUUUACAUCUCUACAGAGAAGAAGCUUUACCAGCUGAGCCACGACCUGACUGUGAUCCACAGCCUGAACCAGAGAGGGAUCCUAAAGAACCCGGGUCAACUGAGCAAAGAGGAGUUUCAUCGGGUCUCAAUGAAUGCUCCCUGGAAUGCAACUUUCACCAUAAAUGCUUUAUUACCUUUAGUGAACAAUGGGACAUUGAUCGUCUGCGGUGGGACAGACAAAGCCUGUGGUUACUGUGAGGUUCUGGACCUGAGGGACAUCUCUAAGCUGGUGUUCAGAGAACACAUCCAGGUGGGACCUCUGAGGGACAGCAGAGGUUCUGUCAGCUUUCUGGUGGACGUGAAGAAGGAUUCAGGUCAGACUGAGACGUACAUCCUGACCGCCAUCCAGAAUCACAGAGAGAAGCCAGAGGAAAGCAGGUGUCCAUCUGAAUUAAAGACAAUCAACCUUCUAAACACAGAUCAGAAACAGUCUGGGGGGAUAUUUGCUUCGUCUGAAGAAGGAGAAACACCUGGAAUCCAAACUGAAGCUGAUGUAGAUUUUGUGGAUGGAUUUCAGAUCAACUCAACAGUGUUUCUGUUCUCCAACGUGGCAUCAGGAGCUAAAACCAACAAAGUCCGUCUGAUUUGGCUUCAGGCUGAAACCAGUAAAGCUCAGACUCUAAAGUCUCUUGGUGGAGCGACUCUCAGUAGCUCUGACGGAGGUGAAGGCAGCAGACUGCUGGCCUCCUCGCUCAUCCCAGGAGGACAGCAGGUCCUUUGGAGCGGAGUGUUCAGUUUGGAUGGAGGAGAGACCAACACUGAGCUGCUGCUGUUUGACAUCAGUCCUGAUCAGAGCAGGACAACAGGCACCGAUCCAGACUUCUAUUACUCAUCAAACAAGCCUAACAAGCCGACAGAACCAAAGACCCUGAAACCAGAGAUAGUUCUUCUGAAAUACCAUCACAUGACCUCAGUGUUGGCCAUGAGGCAGGGCGACUGGAUGGUCUUCUUCUUUGGAACUGCUGAUGGAUUUCUUAUUAAGUUUGCUGUGGACUUGAAUUAUAAGCCCACCUGUCCAAAGGUGGUCUACAGAGCAACCGGAGAGCACAGAGUCUUUCUCAAAAUCAUUUUGGAUCAAGCGGAUCAGAAACAUGUGUAUUUGCAGUUUAAAAACAAGAUUAGUCGUGUUCCGGUCUCUAACUGCAGCACUCACAGAGAUGUGAAUGAAUGUCUGUCUGCACAGGAUCCCCACUGUGUGUGGUGCGUCUCUGAAGGCAGCUGCACAUUUGAAAAUCACUGCAGAGAUUCAGAGUGGUUGUCCAUACCUAAUGACACUCAGAAGAAAAUCGUUUCCCACAAACUUGUGAGGGACUCCAGUGGAAAUAUCAAACUAGUGAUUCAGACACACCUGGAAAAGCACCUGAAAGUUCCUUCUAACUUCACCUGUGAAUUCUCCACUAAUUCCAGUCAGCUUUGUGGCCAAAAUGGCCUUUCAGCACAGUUCCCUCAAUGCAACUGCAUCCUUCCAACUUUUCCUAAUAAUGAUCUUGAUGUCACCAUAAAGAUCAGCCUUGGGAACUCUAAGCUGACAGAGCAGAGAAAGAUAACCAAUUGUUCAAGUAUUAAUGGACAACCACAUUUUUUUUCGUGCCGUCAGUGUAUGAAAGCUGGAUGUCAGUGGAGAGAUAACCGCUGUUCCUGGUCCAGUAAACUUGCUCAGGAUGAACAUGUUUGCAUGAAGAUGGAGGCUGUGAUGAACAUUUCUGUACCAGACAUCACCUCCAUUACACCUCAUGUUGUGUCUCUGUAUGGGAAAAACCAUGCUGUACUGUCAGGGCAUCACCUCAGCAAUGUGAUUGGAGUGAGAAUCCAGACAGACAUCAACUGUCAUUCACAGGAAUCUCCUGUGUGGAACAACACUGAUGUCUCGUUGACCUUCCACCUUCCACCCACCGAAACCAGAAAUGUGGUUGAGGUGUGUGUUCUUCUUCCAGAUGGUAGCUGCCACGGAAGUGCUGCAGUCACUUAUCAGUCUUCACCAGUCUGCACUGACAUCGUACCACAGAGCAGCUGGAGAAGUGGGAAGAGGAAAGUCCGGCUCAUUGGGACCAGCCUGGAUUUUGUGGAGGGAUUGAUUCAGAGCCACGUCCAACAGCAGGUGUUUCUGCCCAGGAACAGCAGCUUCCAGAUUCUCACUUUUGAAAGCCGUGCAGCAGAAAACGCGCAGACUAGCAGCAGCGCCAUAUUCAUGAAGGUUGCCAAUCAAACGCUGCCCUGUUUGCUGAAACUAACCUACCAUCCUGAUCCCAACUUUACAGGCUUCACGACCAAGAGAAUCGGAAAUGACACCCGCAUUAUUAUUCACAAAAGUUGUGAUAAACUAGAGAUGUCAGCAGCAGAGGUGUUAGUGUGGGGCAUUCAGGACACAAAGCAACUUCCCUGCAUCUUGGAAGUCGAGGAAAACAGUAAUAAAACAGACUUUAUCUGUGAAAUCAGAGGAGUUCAGAAUACUAACAUUAAGCAGAUAAAGAUUAAAAAUGGUGACACAACAGUGUUGAUGCAGCCUCUGUCUUCAUUGCAUGAAGGCCUUUUGAUUCUGCAUUUCCUUCUCAAAGGCUCUAUUCUUACUGUGAUGGUGGUUCUCUAUGUGCAGCAAAAGAGGAACCAGUCCUUUCUUUAGCGACUGAGUCGCUCCCCAUAAAUAUGCCAGGAUUCUCUGCAGCGUCGUGAAGAGAGAAACAAUAAUUUAUAUCCUGUGAUUAGAAAUCCAUCACCCGUUAGACUAAAUGAGACAUUUAAAAUUAGAGAACAUGACAGAAAUCUAUGGACUGGAAACUAAUUCAGGAGUGAAGAGACAUUUCUAUUGGUCUGCAUAAACAUUUAUUAGCAGCUAAUUUUUAUUGGUCAGGAGCAAAUGUUUUAGGAUUCGACGCUUUCUGGACUCUUUGGUUCUGUUUAAGUUCUGCUUUAUUUGAUGUUAACCUGUGUUUGUAAAAAUUUUGAUCAUUUUUGAAGCCAUAGUUUUACUCUCCCUUUCACUUUCUCUUUUCAGCAUUUUUGGUAUUAUUUAGUCUUUGCUCUAAUUUUAGUUGUACUCAGUUUUAUUUCCUUUAGCUUUAAGUUCUUUCCUAGUUACAGACAGAUCCUAUUUUCCCUGGUUUUUCUUUACUGCCCCCUGGUGUCCCGUUUCUUUCCUCUUUGCACCUUUCUAUUUGCUCCUGUCCACACCUGCUCC